AUGGUCGACUUUUCAACAAGGGGUAACGCAUGUUUGGAUAACUGGCUUACAAAUAGAAUAGAUUUGUUCUCAAAAUGUCAUCCUUUCCAUAUGCUAACUAAAACAGACCACAUAGGGGUUAUUUUACCAGCAGGAACGAAACUAAAACCUAUUCGCCGAAAGGUUGAAUUUCCGGAUUGUAGAAAGCAUCGAAAGAAAGAUUUCCACAAAGCUUUAGCAAAAGAAGAUUGGGAGGAUGUAUCGCAGUCCACGAAU